UUUCAAUUUAAUAUAGGGCAGAAGUAUGCCACCUUACGUUUUAUAUGUUAAAAAUAGACUGAUAUCUGUAUGUGUUUUUAAAUAGGACGAACGGACGGAACUCUGCAAAAUCUAUCAUCACAAAUAAGCCAUGACGGUAGUUUUAAAACUAUUCAAAGAAUCCAUUGCCAGAAAUUUGAGAUAUCCAACGAGUGGUCCAGUGGGCUGGUACAUAAACAAAUACUUUUUCGAAAACAAAACAAGAUUUUACUUAAAGGAGGCUGCAGUGGAAGCGUGCAACAUCUCAAAAGAUGACGUAGUUUUAGAGGUUGGAUUCGGUCCGGGUGUCGGAAUCAAGGAAGCGUACACAAAGAUAAAGGAUGGCAAUGGCAAGAUUUAUGGUGUUGAUAUUUCCCACUCAAUGAUACGAAGAGCAAGUGGUGCACUCCAGCCACAAAUACAAGCAGGAAAAGUCGAACUUAUUCUAGCGGAUGUUGCGAAGCUUCCUUUCGAAUCCGACAAGUUUGAUCACGUGUAUCAUUGUAACUGUUACUAUUUUUGGGACGACCAAGUUGCAUGUGCUCAAGAACUACAUAGAGUAAUGAAACCAAACGCAAACAUGAUAGCUGCUUUCUAUGAACGGGAAAUUAAGAAAGCAAGCGAAGCGGGGAUGCUGAAAUAUGGAAACACAGAUCCAGACAAAUAUAUGGAAUCCCUUAGAAAAGCUGGAUUUCAAGGCAUUGAAUUAAAGAAAUGGAAAAAUACCAAAGGAUAUGCAUUUAGUGUGAUAGUUUCCCAUAAAUAAAAGUAAUGUGUGAAUUACAUUCGUCUUGUUGACUUUCAUCUUUCAAACUUUUUCAUUUUUCAAGUUCAUCAAUUUUACAUAUAGCGAAUGAAAAAAGCACAACGCUGUGUGGCUUCUAUAAAAGUCCGCAAGUCAUUGAAAUGGAUCGAACAAGGAUCAUCUAACUUCACUGUAGAACAGUAUCCCAUUCCUGGUUAUGAAGUUUUGAGCUUGGUUGCAUCCCGUCUCCAUGACAUUUUGAUGCUCGCAAAUAUACCUGAAAUGAGAAAUUUGAAGAGACUGAAUAAAAUCACGAAAACAUUACUUCAAGUUUACUUAUUCCCUUUUACAGAGUACAGGUACAUGUGAUUUAUAUUGGAUAUGAAUAAUCGAUCUCUAAAAUUUCCGCACUCCUACCUAUCACAGUAAGACCAAUGACACCGAUUAUCAGAGGAGUAGCCACUGCAAAGAAUUUGGGUGGGAAAAAAUUCUGUAGGAAGCUGUCCUCAUCUACAAAUGGC